AUGAUUAUGAUUUGUGGAAUAUCUAUCAAUAUCCUUCUUUUUAUCGCAUUAAUUCUUAAUUUUAUUGUUGCUAACGGUCACAAUAAAAUAAAUGAAAAAUGCGAUGACAAUACAGUGAAUAUGCAUAUGCUUGAAUGCUACAAAAAUUAUAUUGAUGAUACAAUUGACUUAACAUCACCUGAAAAUGCAUAUUAUAUGGAAGGAUCUUUACUUUGCCAAGCUUAUAAUAAAAGUUCAUCAUAUCGCCAAUGUCUAUAUUCAAUAUUUGAUGUUGAUCAAAUUUGUUCUCUUGAACAUUUUCCAUUUUCAUACGAGUAUUCGAAAAUUUAUUGGAAAUUGGUAAUGAGCUCAUGUAAUGUUCCAAAAGCUGAUCAUUGUCAUCCAUCUCGCUUAAGUCAACAAGUUUUAAUGAAAUGUCAUUACUCAUUUGAUGAUAAAUAUCCAACUAAAUGCACAGAGUUUUUACGUUCUGUUAAAUGUAUGGAAGAACAUGAAAUGGAAUUAAUUCCUUUAACAUACGGAUCUGAAUGUUCAAGAAACAAAGCAUUUUAUUAUUAUUAUGGAGAUCUUGCUGCUCGUCUUCAACUAUCAAUUAAUAUUUGCGAACAAGAACCAUUAUCUCUUAAAUAA